UUAUGUUAUAACUGAUCUUCGCUUAAUUAUCAUGGCCCGUAGAUAAUUUAUAGGUACUAUCACCAGUGCUCCAAACUUUGGAGAAGAUGCUCGUCCGAGUUAUAAUAAAUUAUGGAUACAAUAUAAACUAAUAUAAUAUAUACAUUAUAAACUAAACGUUUUAUGGUUGGCUAUUGUCACAGCUCUCAGCUUUCAAGUAGGUACCUAUAUAUUAUUUUGUUUAUUGAAGCUAUACAUGUGAUACAUAUCUUCUAUAAUAUUUGGUUGUUAAGGAGAGAGUCCAAAUUAACACGCGUAACUGUCAGUAAUUAAAAUGCAUAAUUGUUUAUUAUGUGAUGGAUACGGAAAUAAAUAGAUAUGAUUAAAAUCAAAUAUUGCACGGAUAUAGAUCGGUCUGUGUUACUGAGUAACUUCGAAAAACGCGGAUGGAUGCAUGUAGGACCAGAAGAUGAAUGGCAUUUCUAUUGGACUAGUUUACAAACUUGUCGUAGUUUGUUUAAUGCUGACAAAAAUUAUAGAUUGAAAGACGAUCAGAUAAUAAAUCAUUUCCCAAAUCAUUAUGAACUUGGCCGAAAAGAUUUACUUAUAAGAAAUAUCAGACGUUAUCGCCGUGAAUUGCUAAAAAGUGGCACCUCUAUUGCAAAAUGCGUCCGUGGUACAUUUUUGUACUUGGAUUUUAUUCCUUCAACUUACGUACUACCCGUUGAUUAUAAUUUAUUCUUAGAAGAAUAUCGUAGAAAUCCAGGUACUUGGAUUGUGAAACCAUGUGGAAAAUCACGAGGCUCAGGGAUAUUUCUAAUAGACAAAUUGUCUCAAUUAAAGAAAUGGUCCAAGGAAAAAAAAUAUUCUAAAAAUACAUCAAUUAAAAAAGAUACUUAUAUAAUAUCUAGAUACAUCGAAAACCCUUUGUUGAUAAGUGGAAAAAAGUUUGAUUUACGUCUUUAUGUAUUGGUUACAUCAUUUCAUCCAUUAAAAGCAUAUUUGUUUAAAUUUGGUUUUUGUCGUUUCUGUAGUGUAAAAUAUAACGCACAUUUGACGGACAUUAAUUGUUUAUUUGCUCAUUUAACGAACGUAUCAGUACAAAAAGAAGGCGACGACUACAAUAAUAUCCACGGGGGUAAAUGGUCCACCGAAAAUCUAAAAUUGUACUUAACCAGUACACGAGGUGAAAAACGUACUCGUAAACUGUUCGAUGACAUAUCAUGGAUAAUUGUGCACUCGUUGAAGGCUGCUCGUAGUGUCAUGUCUCACGAUACACAUUGUUUUGAAUGCUAUGGCUAUGAUAUUAUUGUGGACGAAGACCUCAAACCUUGGUUGAUCGAAGUGAACUCGUCACCGUCGCUCACGUGUACAACUUCCAGUGAUCACAUACUGAAAUCAAAACUUAUCGACAGCAUCGUGUCCGUUGUUUUGCCAUCAUCAGGUCGGUCCUACCACUUAGACAAAGAAAACUUAGGAAUCUAUAAAAAUACUUUUAAAAAAAACAAUAUAUUUUGUAUCCCUUUUAUAUUUUUAAUUCAUAAAUAUUUUACUUUCAACACACGGUAAUCGUAAACAAUAGUAUAUUAUGACUAUUGACUAUAUGUUUAUAUUAUGGACUCUACAAUAUACUAUAUAGAUAGUGUAUAUACAAGGUUACGGUGUAACAGAAAAA